UUGCCAAUUGCCAGCAGGCAAAAACCGACAGAAGUCAGCAGAACCUGGCCUACCGCCUUUUUCCGCACAGAAAAACAGACCCUGUCUCUUCUCUUCCUCCCUGAAAAUUCUGCUCAACGAGCGAGCGAAUCCCCUCUUUCCAGCCCGUUGUGAGGUGGCAGCCGGCGAUGUCGUCCGGCGACGGGAAGAAGAAGACGGCCUGCGUGACCGGAGGAAACGGGUACAUCGCCUCGGCGCUCAUCAAGGUGCUGCUUGAGAAACGAUACGCCGUCAAGACGACAGUCAGGAACCCCGAUGACAUGGCGAAGAACUCCCACCUCAAGGACCUGCAGGCGCUCGGCCACCUGGAGGUCCUCCGCGCCGACCUCGACGAAGAAGGCAGCUUCGACGACGCCGUCGCCGGCUGCGACUACGCUUUCCUAGUCGCUGCUCCGGUGAACCUCAUGUCAGAGAAUCCUGAGAAAGAGCUGAUCGAGCCGGCAGUCCAAGGGACUCUCAACGUGCUGAGGUCGUGCGCGAAGGUGGGGGCGACGUUGAAGCGCGUGGUCCUGACCUCGUCGGCGGGCUCCGUGAUCGUCAGGCCGGAGCUGCAAGGCGACGGGCAUGUGCUCGACGAGGAGUCCUGGUCCGACGUCGAGUACCUCACCGCCAACAAGUCCGGUCUCUGGGCGUACCCGGUGUCCAAGGUGCUCGCAGAGAAGGCGGCGAGCAGGUUCGCGGAGGAGCACGGCAUCAGCCUCGUCACCGUCUGCCCCGUGGUCACCGUGGGCGCCGCGCCGGCCCGGAGCGCCCGCCCCAGCGUCCUCAACUGCCUCUCCCUUCUAUCAGGCGACGAGGCAGCGUUUGGCGCGCUGAGAGCCAUGGAGAUGUCCGGCAUGCUGGCGUUGGUCCGCGUCGAAGACCUCUGCCGCGCCGAGGUGUUUCUCGCCGAGGAGGAGGCGGCGGCCGCCGGGAGGUACCUCUGCUGCGGCCUCAACACGACCAUCCUCCAGCUCGCACGCUUCCUGUCCGAGAAGUACCCGCAGUAUACUGUGAAGACGAAUCUGCUCGCCGGCGAGCUGCUUGAGAAGCCGAGAGUGUGCCUCUCGUCAGCGAAGCUGGUCGGAGAAGGGUUCGACUACAAGUACAAGACGCUGGAUGGGAUGUACGACGACAUGAUCAACUACGGCAAGGCCUUGAGGAUUCUGCCCGGAAAAUGACGGGCCUCACUAAUUUCUACUAACUGGAGAGUGCUUGUUUAGGAGAUCUUCCAACGAGCCAUUUUCAGACAAACAAUUUACAGCAUUCACUUUCUGUAACAUGUCCUUCUCUUCCCCUUUUUUCUUUGAACGAACAGGAGAGGUCCAAGGGGACCUCUACUGGGGAAUUUAUUCAUAACCAAAGCCCACCAUAUGUCA